CAUUACCAACAACUCUUCAUGUGAGACGACCCGCUCCCUGUCCUUGCGCGCGCCCUCAAUUCAAGCUGGGCUGAUUCGCGUCGACGACAAAUCAAUACACCCAGAAUCGUGUUUGCGCGCGCCAGCUUUGGCAGCGCAGCACGCAGGCAGUCAUGUCUUUAAACAGCUACCUCAACAAGCGCUAGCCCUACAUCCAAACCCUUGCAGAAUCGCAAAAGCCUAGACCGAACCACUUUCUAACAAUUCUACCUUCUUUCUUCUCAAACAGAAAAAGUCUGCCUCAUCCUCGUCGACGGCCGCUGUAUGGUCGGCAAUCUCAUCUCAUGCGAUCAAGUCACGAAUCUGGCACUGGAGAAUUGCGUCGAACGAAUUAUUAAGAGCCCCGAUGACGAUGAGGAAAGUGAAGAGGAGGCUAGAGGGCUGUUUAUGGUGAGAGGGGAUAAUGUGGUGGUUUGUGGAUUGGUGGAUGAGGAGUUGGAUGGGAAGAUUGAUUGGACCAAGGUUAAGGGGAGUGAGAUUGGGGGGACGAAACAUGUAUAAAUGGAAGGGGGAAAGGAACGAGAGACAUAAGGGCGAAGAGUGCUAGAGACGCUGUGUGGGAAGUUGAAUGACUGGAAGGUCUGCGUAGAGAUGAUUUGGACAAGUCUGAAGCAGGACUAAGCGCGCAGGCACGAGAUGCCUUACAGCACUGGGAAACUGCUCGCAUAUCGCAAAGACAUGAGGUCGAAAGCGAAGAAAUCGAUUCAAUCCUCCACACCUGACUACCCGGAGCUUGAAGAAUUCUAAUGCGCUGACCCUUCUCUCGUAGUGAUCAUCUUUCAGAACGGCGCAACCUUGAUCUUUACUGCUUCUGAGC